ACUACCUAUUGUUGGAGACAUGGGGACGUUACUAAAGAACGCCUGCAGUGCGUGUCAGACCAGAGUACCAGGAUUGCCAGGGCAGAAAGGAGAAAAAGGUUCCCUUGGAGCUCCAGGUAUCCCAGGAAUGGAUGGAGAAAAGGGGGAUCAGGGACUUCGAGGCCCAGCUGGUAAUCCCGGAAAAGAGGGUCCGAAGGGAGUGAAGGGUGAGAGGGGCUUUCCUGGUCCAAUGGGGGACAAGGGUGAUGAGGGGUCCUCAGGUGUGCCAGGAUUGCCUGGAUCCACAGGCCGUAUGGGUCCACAGGGACUGAUUGGCAGACCAGGACCUGUUGGGGCCACAGGACCAAAGGGAGAACGGGGCAGCGAUGGACUGCAAGGCAGAACCGGACCUCCUGGACCUCCUGGUGUCCCAUAUGCAGAGGGCAAUGGAAUGAGCAGUCUCUAUAAGAUUCAGAAUGGAGCAGCUAAUACAGGUCAACCCGGACCACCAGGGCCAACAGGGCCCAAAGGAGAUGAAGGAAGGAUGGGUGAGCCAGGGCUGAUGGGAUUACCAGGUCUAGAGGGGCUGCCGGGUGCUAAGGGUGAUCCUGGCCUACCUGGUCCACCUGGUGUUCCUGGUCCUACUGGAAAGCCUGCUCCGCGUGGUGAGCCAGGGAUCCCUGGAGAGCCGGGAGAACGAGGGCCUGUGGGAGAGACUGGCUUCCCUGGACCUGAAGGGCCUCCUGGAUCCCCUGGAAGGCCGGGAAAAGAUGGAAUUCCAGGCUAUACGGGAGCCACAGGCAGACCUGGAGACAGAGGUACUAAAGGAGAACGGGGAGAUACAGGGAUUCCAGGAGAGAGAGGAGUACAGGGAGAAAGAGGCAAACCUGGUGAAAGAGGGGGCUUUGGUCUUCAGGGGCAACCUGGACAGAAAGGAGAACCAGGCACACCUGGAUCUUUAACAACACCAGGGACUGUCAAUCUGUUGGGUGAUACAGCUGCCUUGGAGGAAAUUAAAACAUUCAUCCGAAAUGAAGUAUUGCGCGUAUUUGAAGAGAGAUUUUCAGACAGUUACGCUUUGCUACAGAAGACACCAGCAGCCAUAUUAGCCGCGCAGGGUCGACAAGGCCCUCCAGGGCUACCUGGUAAUGAUGGCUCCCCAGGACCCCCUGGAGAGCCAGGAUCUCCAGGUCCCCAAGGGUAUCGAGGGCAGAAAGGGGAACGAGGUCAAAUGGGGUUAGGACUUCCAGGAGCUCCAGGCCCCACUGGCCCACCAGGCUCAACCGGAAUAGGAUUCCAGGGUCCCAAAGGUGCUCCGGGGCCAGAGGGAAGAUGUAACCCCAGCGACUGCUUCCAUCCUUACGCCAGAUGAGACGGCUAGAAUCUGACGCAUCCUCAUCAAAACCCGAUUAGAUCCUGGAAACCUGUGAACCAGCUCAUCUACACAAGCAUUAAAUCCUAUUGAAACAAACGUAGGAUCCCUGCUGGAGGAGAAGAAACACACAAACGUUGUCCACACAGAGCAGCCAUUACUGGUGAAGUCUUUUCAUCAUUUAUCUCCGUUUCAUUUCCCAUAUUUGUGACCAAUGCAUUUACUCAUUUCCCAUGUUUUGUGGGUAUGACGUGAGAAUUCAAAUCUCAUCAUUACACUAAUCACACCGGACAGGUUUAUCUGAGGCGGCGUGGUCAUGGCAAAUGCAGGUGGAAUGAGAAUUUACAUUUGUUUAUUUUCUUCAAGCUGUUGUGAAGUUGAGUUUUGAUUCAGUUGUGAUGGCUCUAUGCAAUCUAAAAUAGAAAACGCGUACGUUAACAAAUAUUAAGUUAAUGUAAAUAGCAGACAUUGUAAUUGUUUUUCAGACAUUUAAUUUUGAAUUUUUUUUAAAUAAGUGUACUUUCCAGCCCUGCGGGAGGAACAUUGCUUGAGUAGGGAGUUAUUGUCAUGAUUAUCACCUCAGACACAUAUAUAUGCAUUAAAACA